AUGUUACAGGAAAACGCAACGCUAGAAGAAGUUGCAAAUGCGUUGCGUCAAUUGUCACAGCAUAAUGCUAUGAAGUUUAUGUUGAUCACCGAAGAAGUUAAAUCUAAUGUCAAAUUCCAGUAUUCUUCGCAUUUCAACCAUGAGCAAAUUGAAGAUAUCAAGGAUGUCUUGAAUAAAGCCACCAUCACUACCAUAAAACCCACGUUGUCGCAGAUGCAUCCUUUGAAAUUGUUGAAGAACCAACAUCCCACGGCGUUAAUUAAGCAGUACCGCGACUUGUUCAACUCCUUGUCUCAAGUUGUGUGCAAAGAAGUUGCCAAGGCCUGGAUCAAGAUUAUUGAGCCUUAUAAGCAAGCGUUGUACCCCUACCGUGACUUUAACAUGACCAAACCUUCAUGGUGGCCCCAGCACGUUAACCACAUCGAGCCUGACCACUUGGACAAGUUUGGCCGGGUCGAAGUCUUGAUCAAUGUGUUGAGGCAUCCGCAGUUUGAUUUGAAAGAAGUCGAUUUGAGGCUCUACAACAAGAGACCCGUGAUUCAGUCGUUUAUGAGGGAGAUUUUGUACUUGGCCAUCCAUGAUCGGUUAUUUUACAAUUUGCAAAGGGACGAGGAUGACUUGUUCCAAUUUAUAGAGGAAGAAGACCGCGAGUUGUUUAGAGGGUCACGUCUUGUGUUGAUGGCCAGCGACUUGAAAAUGCGAGGAACCCAAGAGUUGAUCAUGAGCAGCAAAGUUAAGGAAGAACACUUGAACCAUGAAGUAUUCAGCUUGAACCAAACUUGUGACUCCGAGGCUGAUUCGUCGAGAAACUGGGCCCCGAACAAGUGCGGCAAGAUUGUUAAAACCAAGAGCAAAUCGAAUUUGAGGGCGAUUGCCAAGGAGAAAAAGCCAGUGACAAGAUCCGGCGCCAAGCUUGGGCAGUUGGUGUUGAAGGAUGUGCAAAGAGAUUUGUCGAGCAAAGAAGGCUCAUCUAGUCCCGGCACGGGCGAUGCGUCGAUGAAGCUGCGUCCAACCCCCAACUCCAUUAGAAAAGUCAAGUCUACCCGCAUACUCAAAAGUGGUGUCAACCAUGGAACUCACGUGCAGCAGGAUAUUGCCAAUUCCCAACUGGACAGCGACGAGCUGAUGGAGAGUUUUUUGGAGGAUGAGUGCCUUGCUGCAAGUGGACCAAUCCACGCCGUCAAGGUUGAAACGGCGAGGCCAAUACAAGAAGACCUGAUGGAGAAUGUGUUUGCUGAGUUUGAUAGACACCAAGCGAGAAAGAAGGAGGUGGAGGAGAAGGAGGCGUUGCGAGAAAGCAGCGACGAGCUGGAUCUAACCGAGUACAAUGAAGACGAGCAAGUGCCUCAGCAUUCGUCUGUUUCUUCCAAUGAUGACGAAGCAAACACCACGGUGACUGCUUCUUUCCCUGGGGCCAUGCACUACUAUGACGAGUUUGAAAGCUCCGACGAGGAGGACCCCAGUGCAUUCGACGCUAGCUCUUCCUCAGAUGACCUUUUUGAAAACUUGCAAAAGAUCUACCGUGAUGAAGUGGCAACGUUUGACGAUUUCAAUUCCGGUACCCUGGCAUUGCAUUUGUGA